AUGAGUGAAACAGAAGUAGUUAUAUCUGGUAAUACUACUGGUGUAAGUGGUGAUACAGAAAUUGACCUUUAUGCUGAUGUCGUUGAAAACGAUCUUGAAACAGGAACAGGCGAUGAUUAUAUGGUUAAUGAUGAGCAUUUAGGGGAUGAUGCAGAUUUAUAUAAUCAUGUUAUUACAACACAAUCAUCGGUUACAGAUUUUACGGAUAUAACAAACACAGUCAAUCAACAUCAUGGUAAACUCGAUCAAUCAAAUGGAUCAACAACUGGUCGAAGUACACCAUCGAGUAGUUAUAAUAGUAAACGCGUGUCACUCUAUGUAGGACAAUUAACUUGGUGGACAACAGAUGGUGAUUUAUAUGAUGCCAUUCAUGAUUUAGGUGUAAAUGAUUUACUUGAAAUCAAAUUCAAUGAAAAUCGUGUCAAUGGCCAAUCAAAAGGAUUUGCUAUGGUUACUGUUGGUUCAGAUGCAUCUGCUCGAAUUCUUUCAGAGAAAAUGCCUAAACGAGAGUUACAUGGUCAAAAUCCAACAGUUUUACCUGGUAAUAAACAAUCAUUAAGUUUUCUUGAAGGUGUUACCCGUAAAGAUUCACCAAUGGAAUCAAUGCCACCAAUGGGUGCACCACAAAUACAUCAGAUGAUGCGUCCACCCAUCGGUCUUCCAUUGCCUAUGCCUCGUGGUGGUCCUAUGGAUGGACCCUAUCGUUUUUCACACCAAGGACCUGUUCUUUUACCUGGCGGACCACCUGGUAUGACUCGGCAACCAAUGCCAAUAGCACUUGGCCCACGUGGUCAUAUACCCGGCGGUCCUAUGUUGCUUAGUCGAAUGCCAGGUCCACAUCCACCCGGUGUUCAUCCACAGCAAUCUGUACUUGUCAUGCAACGACCUGGUGGGCCACCUGGCAACAAUGGACCACCGCUUAUUCGCCAAUCGAUGGCACCCGGAGCACCAGGUAUUCCAGUAUCUUCAAAUUCAAUGAAUGUUAUGCAGGGUCAACAUCCACCCUCAGGUUAUUACCCAAGUCAACCAGGUCAAGGCCCUCCACAUGGUGUUCCACAUCCCGGUCAACCACAUCCUGAUCCAUACUAUCGUGGUGUUGAUAGUCGACCUGAUCCAGGAAGUAUGGUUCCGAUUAGCGAAGCAGAAUUUCAAGACAUCAUGGAUCGUAAUAAAACAGUAUCCAGUAGUGCGAUUGCUCGAGCUGUUCAAGAUGCAUCUUCCGGUGAUUUUGGUACGGCUAUUGAAACGUUAGUAACAGCCAUAUCACUUAUUAGACAAUCGAAAAUUUCAAAUGAUGAUCGAUGUAAGAUUUUAAUUAGUUCUCUACAAGAUACACUUAAAGGUAUCGAAGAUAAAUCAUACGGACAAAGAAUACGUCAUCGAAGUCGAUCAGGAUCACCGCGUGAAUCAUCUCGUAAGAAACAUCGUCACCGUUCACGUAGCCCACGUGAUCGUAAUGAAUAUCGACGUACUGAGGAUUACGAUGGAAAAUACAGUCGGGAGCAUCGACGACGUUGA